AUGGCGGCGGAGCAGCGGAAGUUGCUGGAACAGCUCAUGGGAGCUGACCAGCUCAUUGGAGGUGGUGCCCAGGGUCGCAAUUCUCAGUUGACAAUUACGGACCCGAAGGUCUGCCGGUCCUACCUUGUCGGGACCUGCCCGCACGAUCUCUUCACUAAUACGAAGCAAGAUCUUGGACCCUGUCCGAAAGUGCACAGUGAAGGUUUGAAAACCGAGUACGAGACGGCCUCAGCGGCGGAAAAGGCAAAAUGGGGCUUCGAGUUUGAUUACAUGCGCGACAUGCAAAAGUACAUUGACGAUUGUGACCGACGAAUCGACACGGCGCAGCGUCGUUUGGAGAAGACACCAGAUGAGAUCCGUCAAACCAACAACCUGCUCAAGCAAAUAGCAGAUCUCAACAGCACAAUCAACACAGGUCUCCUUGAAGUGUCUGUCCUCGGAGAGACGGGAUCUGUCGCGAUGGCACUGGGCGAGAUGCAUAAGAUUCGGGCCGCGAAGCAACAAAAGGAGAAUGCAGAGCGUGAUUUGAAGCUGCUUCAGGACACAUCGGGGCCGUCUGGUCACCAGAAGCUGCAGGUAUGCGACGUCUGCGGCGCCUAUCUUAGUCGACUUGACAAUGAUCGACGAUUGGCGGAUCACUUCUUUGGAAAGAUGCAUAUGGGUUACUCGGACAUGCGAAAGGGCUAUAAGAAGCUCAGUGCUGAACUCAAGGGUCGUGCACCGCCAGUCCGUCACCAUGAAGAAGAGGAUCCCUACAGUGCGGGCGGCCGAGCUGGUGGGCGUGGCCAGCGAUAUGGCGGCGGUGGUGGUGGUGGUGGAGGAGGAGGUGGUGGAGGGUUCCGGCGACGGGGUGGAAGGUGGUAG